AUGCCUUCAAAGCGAGGACUGUCCAGAGAGGAAAUCGAUGCUCUUUUGGACCUCUCAUCUGAUUCUGAUGACGAUUCCGACACAGAUGAUUGGGAGCAACUACUCACCGACCUUGACACUUCCAGCAGCUCAGAAGAAGAGAGUGAUGACCGUGAGCCUGUGCGUGCUAAUGGCGCUUCAACAAGCUCUGCUGCAAGGACCCUCUCGAAGACAUCUGCCGCGAGAACGGAUAGCACAGUGUGGAUUGCCGACAAAGACAACGACUAUGCAGCAAAGCCUCCCGAUUUUCUUGGUGAGCAUAGGGUCAACGUGCACGGUACACUUCCGAUUGACUACUUCCUCGCCGAAUUUCCGGACUCAUUGCUGGAGCACAUUGUUUUUCAAACAAAUUUGUAUGCAGUGCAAAAAGGCAAAGAUAACCUACGGUUCACUUUACCAGAGCUAAAAGUCUUUCUUGGCAUGUGCUUGGUAAUGACUUACAUCAAAUACCCAAGAAUCAGGAAUUACUGGUCCACAGAAUCGGGCCUUAGGAUGGACAUUGUCGCCGGUUCAAUGCCUGUAAACCGUUUUGAGGAGAUUCGAAGAUUCCUUCACUUCAACGAUAGGACCGACACUCUAAGCUACCAGAAUGACCGCUUGGCUGGGAUGAGGCCAGUCAUUGAUGCACUCAACGAAGCAUUUUGUUCGGCAGUUGAUUCUGAGGAAUACCAAUCCGUGGAUGAGAUGGUGAUACCAUUCAAGGGGCGCUCCUCCAUAAAGCAAUACCUCCCAAGUAAGCCAAAGCGCUGGGGCUUCAAGGUCUUCAAAGUGACCGGGAUUUCCAACGAUUUGGACGGAACUGAAGACGACGACUUGUGGGGUGAUGAGCCAGAAGAAUGCAGCACCAGCUCGGAGUCUGAGGACUCCGCGAGUGAUGAUGACUGA